UGUGAAGCAUCUGGAAGCUUGGCCCUCGCGACCCCAUCACCGCCGCCCAAUCCAGAUCAGACGGUACUACGAGAUCCUGGGGUUGCCCUAGGCGCGUCCCAGCGCGACCUCAGGAAGGCCGCCAUCAAGAACCAUCCAGACAAAGGCGGCGACCCCGAGCCGGCUGAUCUUUCCAGCUUUCGCACCGAUCUGUUCUUCCGGCCUUAGUAAUCCAGCGCCCAGUAUGGUGCCGGAAGAGAAGCCCCAGACGACUAGCGCCGAGGGCGGCGGCCUGCCCCCGCCGCGUCUGGACUGCAUAAAGUGCUUCGACGCGCUGUGGUUCUGCUACUCGCCGUGGCACCAGAUGCAGAACUACUACCGCUAUGGCGACUUCGACAACUGCUUCGGCAAGUGGGGGGAUCUUGUUGACUGCCUCUCACUCAAGACGAAGCGGAAGGUGGAGGUGGAGGAGAUCCUCAUCGCCCGGGAGAAGGCCAGGCCGCACAUUUGGACCUACCGGACCGUUGACGAUGCGGCGGAGAACUGGUGGCGGAUGUACAAGCACUUGGUGGUGCAGUCGAAGCCUGCAGUGUCUGCUGCGCCCCCUCCCAAGUCUGGUGGUAUUUCCUGAGAACUGUAAGGCGGGGGAGCUUACACAAACGGAAGCGUUAAUCACGUUUUUAUUUCUCUGUUCUUAGAACACUGAUAUUUGUUCAAACUUGAAUGUACCUGACAAGGUAAAUAAUUGGAACCUUGGAUGGAUUAAUA